UUUAACUCUUACAUUUAAAAGUGCUCCUAAGCAACGUUAGUGUAACAUGGCCUAUGUUGAUUCAUUACUCUCAAAAUGCACUUGUUUCUCCCAACUCAAACAACUCCAAGCUCAUCUCAUUACCACCGGCAGCUUCCAGUUCUACACUCACCGCGCCAAAUUCCUAGAUUUCUGCGCCGUCUCUUCCGCCGGAGAUUUCCAUUACGCCGUCCAUAUCUUCCGCAACAUCAGUUCUCCAUAUACGAACGAAUGGAACGGCAUUCUCCGCGGCAUUGCCCAAAGCAACAACCCCAUUAAUGCACUCACUUUUUACGUCUCCAUGUCUCGGGCCCCUUGUAAGCCCGACGCGCUCACGUGCUCGUUCACACUCAAAGCUUGUGCCCGUGCAUUGGCCCGUCACGAGACGCUACAGGUUCAUGCUCAUGUGAUAAGAUUCGGGUUUGAUGCGGAUGUGUUGUUGCGGACGACGUUGAUUGAUGCGUACUCGAAAUGUGGUGAUUUGGGGUGUGCGUACCAAGUGUUUGAUGAAAUGUGUGUGAGAGAUAUUGCGAGUUGGAAUGCACUGAUUGCGGGUUUAGCUCAAGGGAAUCGACCCAAUGACGCUUUGUUGUUAUUUAAGAAGUUGAGAGGGGGUAAUAUGGAGCCGAAUGAGGUUACUGUGCUCGGUGUUCUAUCUGCCUGUUCGCAGUUGGGGGCGAAUAGAGAAGCGGGGAUUGUUCAUGAGUAUAUCAAGAGUAAGAAUCUUGAUCGGAGUGUGAUUGUUUGUAAUGCGGUUAUUGAUAUGUAUGCAAAAUGUGGUCUUGCUGGAAGAGCUUAUGAUGUGUUUAAUGAGAUGAAAUGCUUGAGGACUCGCGUCACGUGGAAUACCAUGAUUAUGGGAUUCGCGUUGUAUGGUGAUGGAGAGGAAGCACUUGAGCUUUUUGAAAGAAUGGGUCAAGCUGGGAUUGAGCCAGAUAGUGUCAGUUACUUAGCUGCAAUUUGUGCUUGUAAUCAUGCAGGAAUGGUGGAGGAAGGAAUGAAGUUGUUUGAUGACAUGGAUCGAUGUGGAGUGAGUAAGAACGUAAAGCAUUAUGGUAGUAUGGUCGACUUGUUGGGAAGAGCUGGGCGGUUGGAUGAAGCCUUUAAAAUUGUUCAGUCAAUGCCUACAGUUCCUGAUGUAGUUUUAUGGCAAACUCUCCUAGGGGCUUCCAAGACUUAUAGUAAUGUUGAAAUGGCAGAGAUAGUGUCCAAGAAGCUCGUUGAAAUGGGAUCAAAUCAUUGUGGGGAUUUCGUAUUGCUAUCCAAUGUUUAUGCAGCACAAGGGAGGUGGCAUGAUGUGAGAAGAGUAAGGGAAGCCAUGAAAGGUCAGGAUGUAAAGAAGGUACCCGGUUGUAGCUAUAUUGAGGUUGGUGGAACAAUAUACAAGUUUAUGAAUGGUGAUCAGAACCAUCCAAGGUGGAAGGAGAUAUAUUGGAAGCUUGAUGAGAUCUUGUUAAGGAUUAGGGAAUACGGGUAUGUGCCAGAAACUAAUAAUGUGUUUCAUGAUAUUGGACCAGAGGAGAAGGAGAAUGCACUGUGUUACCAUAGUGAGAAGCUGGCAGUGGCUUUUGGUUUGAUUAGUACACCUGAUAGAACUUGUAUAAGUGUGAAUAAGAAUCUUAGAAUAUGUGGGGAUUGUCAUGUUGUGAUUAAGCUCAUAUCAAAGAUAUACGAGCGGGAGAUUAUUGUUAGGGACAGGACCCGAUUCCACAGAUUCAAAGGUGGGGCUUGUUCUUGUAAAGAAUACUGGUGAGGUUGAUCUAAAUUCUGUGUAUGCACAUUCACUUGACGUGGCACAGAGCUCCCCGAAUUUGAGAGUUGGCGUAUGGACGUGUAUCAUAUGCAGCAUUACUUGCCAUUUUAGCUCAGAGACCAUAGAAGUUGUGACCUACAGUGACCAACCAAGCAAACUCAUCAUGUGAGAGAUAUGAUUCAUUUUCAAAAAUCUGGAGCGAGGAGCUUCUUCCUCUUGCAGAUAUUUGUGAUGAGGAAUCUGUGAAAAGGGGAGCUUUAGAGAAAAUUAACUUUGACAUUUGUUUUGUAGUUGAUUCAAUGUACUUUUGGCUAUACAUGUAUGCAUUAGUCAAUAAACAAGUAGCAUUACCUUGUUCUCUUUUUGCUUAAGCAAAUGGAAUGUUGUGGGAAAGCAGCAAA